GUCAUCUGCAGCAUGACUGGAAAUGCGUGCUGUCUAGACCACAUAAACCCUUCAGAGUAACUGACUGAUAUCUGAAUACCCAGGCACCUGCCGGCGUUUCUUGUUGUCACACCACCACUCAUCAACAUUCCCGACUAUCAGAGGCUAAGCCAACAAUAAGGCCAACAAUGUACGUCGUUCUCGGAGCUGGCGUAGUCGGUUUGACUACUGCACUGGAACUAAAGAGACAGUACCCUUCUAGCAAUGUAGUGGUUCUCGCCAGAGAUCUCCCGGGAGACUCUGCCCCUACAUACGCAUCAGCCUGGGCUGGCGGAAACUGGAUCUCUAGUGCAACUGACAAUGGCCCCCAAGAAGAAUGGGAUCGUGUUACAUACCUCAAAUUCCAGGAACUGGCCAAGGCUCAUCCUGAAUGUGGUAUUGAACCAAUGGACUUGCGAUCUGUCUAUGAGGAUAACAUCGAGAAUGUCAAUCUCUUGAGUCGAGUAACCAACAAGAUUUGGUACAAUGACCUCGUCGGAGGGAUCAAAUACCUGCCAAAGGAGGAGCUUCCGCAAGGCACCAAGUUUGGGUUUGAAGUCUCGACAUUUGUUAUCAAUGUGCAGAAAUACUUGCCGUGGCUCCAAUUCGAGGCGACAAAACUCGGCAUUGAGAUACGACGAGCAAUCAUAGACGACUUGUCAGACAUUCCAGGCCGAUUCCCUACCACUUCGGCCAUCUUCAAUUGCACAGGACUUGGCUCUCUAGCGUUGAAGGGCGUCGAAGACCACCAUGUAUACCCAGCAAAGGGCCAGGUCUAUAUCGUUGAAGCGCCACCGUCAGGUAUCUCAAAGAUGUAUUUCCGCUCGAGUCAGCGCUUAGGUAGCCACAGCACCCAUGUCUUUCCUCGAGGAAAAGACGGGGGUGUGGUUUUGGGUGGCUGUAGGCUCAACGGGGACUCGAAUGAACAAUUCGAUCCGGUUAUUGGCCAAGGAAUCAAGGAGAGAUGCUGUGCCCUCGUCCCAGAGCUCGGGAGGGCAGAGAACCUACGCAUCAUCAAGCAGGGUGUGGGCUUCAGACCGAGCAGAAAGGGUGGUGCGAGAAUCGAGUUGGAGAGAAAGUAUGGUGUCAAGGUCAUUCACAACUACGGCGCAGGUGGCUCGGGCUACCAGGCUUCUUGGGGGAUGGCCAAAGCUGCUGUGGAUUUGCUUCGGCCAUCAGGCAGAUUAUAACGACACUCAACGUCACCGCGAUUCGGCGGAGCUGCUAUGAAUAUCGCUGAACGCAGGGCCACGGAGGAGCCACUCAACGCCAGACAUCUCCUACUAGACACGGUGCACCACGAGGAUCAGUCAGAUGAGGACUCUGCUGUAGCUAAAUAUGGAGGAACUUUUAGGGCAAAUAACUGGAGUUAGCUAUGAGAAAUGCUACUUAUUGAUCUAGAUUCCCACUCGGGCCUGGUAUGAGAGACGGGGAUAUAG